AAUCAUUUUAAUUAAUUUAUAAUGCUUCAUAUUCCUGAUGUUGUCAUUGGUAUUGAAAGAGCUAAUCAUAAACAUUUUGAUGAUAUUUAUGAAACGUAAAAGCUGCAAAACCCAGUGAAAAUAAGCAUGAUCAAGAUUUAAUAUAACAGAGAACAUGUGACAGGUGUAAAGUUAACAUACAAAGGAAUCGAUGGAAAAUAAGUAAAAGGAACUUGUUCUAUGAAAUUCAAAUUGCUUGGUGGUUUACUUUCUGGAACAAAGAAAGAAAAAUACAAUAUAGCAGAUGGUAAAUAGAUUUAUAUAUUAUUAGAUGAUUUCAUAAAGGAAAUUCAUGGAUUUGUUGGAACUGAAAUAAAUUAAUUUGGAUUUACAACAUAUAAAGGAGUAAGUCAUAGAUGUGGAAUCGCAAAAGGACUAUCGUUUUCUCAUCACUUUCCACUUCAUACAUUUACUUCAGCAAGAGGGUCUUAUGAUAAAUUUUUAGAUUUUAUCGCUUUUAGAGUAGUCCCACUUACUAUAGAUUAAAUAAGAAAAUUAGUAACACUUAAUUUUAAUGCAAUUAGGGUUUAAGCUAAUAGUAAGAUAAUAUAAAUGUUGUAGUUACCCAAACUACUUAACCUCCUCCACCUAUUUCAUAUCCUCCUCAGAAUUAAUAAUAUCCUCCACCUGGAUAAUAAUAUCCUCCACCUGGAUAAUAAUAUCCACCACCUGGAUAAUAAUAUCCACCACCUGGAUAAUAAUUUCCUCCUCCAUAAUAAUAUCCACCACCUGGAUAAUAUCCGCCUCCUGGCUAAUACCCACCACCUGGAUAAUACCCGCCUCCUGGAUAAUAUCCUCCACCAGGUUAUCCACCACCUUAAAAUACAACGGUCAUCAUCGAGAAACAAGCUCCUCCACCCCCUUAACCUUAAAAAAGUGGUGGUGGUGCUGCAGUUGCAGGAGCACUUAUAGGAGGUGCUUUGAUUGGAGCUGCAUUAGCUAAUAAUAAUAAUCAUCAUCACAACCACGGCCCAAAUGUUGUGAUUGUGAAGAAACAUGGCCAUCAUCAUCAUCAUCAUCAUUGAUUUUUGAAGUAAAUCAUUUAAAUAAAU